CUCCCCCAAUAUCUCUGAGACUCAGAAAACAUAGCUUUCCCUUUUCUUCAACAAUUAUCGUCGCUUUCUGCUUCAACAAAGCGACAAACUGUCGACCAGCUCCGGUGAAGGACCAUAAUUUCCGGUGAAGGACGACCAAUAUCGGCUAACAUACCACAAUCUCCGAGAGUACAUCAGAGUUUCGUCAGAUUUGAUAGAUAUGAGUCAAGAAAGACCUUCAAAGCCCAAAAGAAAGACAAGCGCAACAUACACAAAACCCGGAACAACGACAUCUUUGGCAAACCAAAUAAGAAUGUCGUAUAGUCAAAAAUAUAUUAUUCCCGCUAGACAAUCAAACAAAGAGCAGCUGAAUGUUAUUGUAGAGAAUCUGUCAGUAGCAGUAGCCCAUGCACAAACUAGAUCAACCACUUCUACAAAAUAUGUUGCUCUUUCUAGACAGUCAAACAAAGAGCAGCCGAGUGUUAUUGUAGAGAAUCUGCCAGAAGCAGUAGCCCAUGUACAAACUAGAUCAACCACAACACAAGGAAUAGAGGAACAAGCUCAGUUGGAUUCUACAACUCAUGUUGAAGAUGAACAAUGUGAAGAACAAUUGAAGGCCCUUCUAAUCAAACAAGAAAAAGAGGAAAAAAAAAAGAUAAAAAGUGUACAUGGACGACAUGAGCGUAAAUGGAUUUUACUUAACAACAUAAAUCAACCCGUCAGUCCUAGUGACGUAGUUGUGGCAGAGUUUGGAAGCUUCCUCGGCACAUUGGCAAGGAAUGUGACUCUAUGUCCUCUUGAUAUUUUGGAUUGGAGGAAGAUGGACACAAAAGAGGAUAUAUGGGAAUAUACCAAGAAUAAACAUGAUAUUCCUGACUCUGCAAAAAGAUAUACUUUUGAAACAGUUCGAGAUUCCUGGAGAAAGCAUAAGUGUAAAUUGAAAGACUAUCACUUCGACCCCUAUGAAAGUGGUGAAAGCCGAAUGCAACAUGUCCCUGAAGAUGUUCCAGUUUGUCAGUUUAAGGAACUUCUUAGGUAUUGGAACUCUGAGAAACUCCAGAAAAUGUCUAAAACUAACAUUGAGAAUCGGAAAAAGUUGAAAAAUCCUCACACUGCUGGAAAAAGAAGUUUUGCUUUAGUUCGCUCUAAGUUGGUGUGUAACUAUCAAAUAGUGGCAAAAAAUUUCAAUUUUAGCUUUUGUUUAGUUCAUGGCAGAUCAUUAGAAAUGCUAACUCACUUUCAUAUAACUAGGAAAAAGAUAAGACAACUCCGGAUCCUUUAUUACCAAAGGAAGUCUUUGUUGCUACAAGGAAAAGAAAAGUUGGGCGAUCAUACAACUCAUCGGAUGAAGAUACAAUUAGUAAAAUUGUGCGAUUAUAUUUAAUUAAUGUUAUAUCGAGAUCAAUUAUUUGUUCCUAUUUGUUUACUUGAAUUUGCUUUGUAAGCUGAAAUGGAGGAAAUUGCAGCACAACAAAAAGAAAAUGUUAAUUAGUCCGUAGAGGCAUUUACAUCUGUCAUGGGGCCAGAACAUCCUGAACGUCUGAGGUUGUAUGGAUGGGGGGUUACAAGAACUUCUCUGAGGGGGGAAAGUAGGAUAUUUUGAAACCUCUUCAAAUACUUCAAAUUCUAUACAAAAAUUGGAGGAGAAGAUACAAAGAAUGGAGGAAAAAAUAGAGGAACAAAAGGCAACUAUCCGUCAAGAAGUUGUUGUAGAUGUUCUUGCACGACUUCAGCGUUCAGGAAUUGAUAUUGAUGCUAACAUUAUUCUAGCAGCAUUCGGUGAUAAUUCAUUAGGAGAAGCUUCAUCUGCUCAACAAAGAACAUUGCAACCAAUCCAUCGUCCAAGUAUUUUUUUUUUAAAUUCUGUAACUGUAUUCAUCCAUUUCCCAAAGGAAAAAAGGAUAUUUUUUGAGUGGUCAUUAUUAAGGUUGUGAAAUCCUUUUAAUUUGAUUUCUGCCAAUACUUGUUGGAAUUGAAUUUGCGCCAGAAAAUUUUGGAUUGCCAUUGUUGAACGAUCUGAAAGCUUGAGUUGAAUUUUAACCCCGAAAAAUUUGUUAAGGGAUCAGUUGGAUGUAUUGAAUCUGGGAUUUUGAGUUGUUUCUGGUUUCAAAACACCAUUUUUACAGUUUUUGAGAAGUUUAUAUUGAAUUGGAAGUGGGUUAGUUGAAAUUUUCGAAUUCCUUCCUAGGUUCUCAAGUUGUUGGUUCGAGGAGAUCAUAAUGGGCAUUAUUGAAUCCUCUACUAAUGGAUUUCUUUAUUGAGAUCAGUUUGUGUUAAUUGCUUGAAUUUAGUUUUUACUUUUCACUUUCCAGAUUUUCAGUACUCUGUCUCUCACUUUGUCUAGUGUCUAAGAGACUAAGAGUACAAUUAGUCUAUUAGGCAUUUAGACUAAUGUUCUGUUACGCACCUAAGCCUUAGGUUUCAUCCCAAAUUCCCACUUAAUUCCUACAUACCCUAACGUCAGUUCCAUCGACUUAGUUCCACUAGCCACCAGUCUCCCUCUCGCCAUAGCUAGAGCAGCAGUCAGCAGAUGGUAUGUUUCAAUGGUCGAUCAAUUUGAUUAGCUAAAGGUCAGAUAGCGUAGAAGUUUCUGAUUAUUACUCUUGAAAUAGAGGAGUAACUCUUGUUUCAUACAUGCCAAUUCUGAACUGCGUACUAUGUUAUCGUUACCAUUUCCUAUUGUCAUGUCGUGCUGUUGCUUUGUCUUUGUUAGAAUUUUUGGACCCAAAUACAUUCUUUUGUUGUUCUCACGUUAAAGUGUAAAAUUAUUGGUAAUAAUGAAGGAAAGAAUGCAAAGUAUAUUUUGAUUGUUGAAUAUUUUGAUUCUGGAUGUAAUUUCCAUCCAUUAUAGUGUUAUGAUUUUCUUGAAAAAUCAGUACUUUUUGGACUGAAUUUCUAGUUGAAGUUUAUAAUUCGGGGUUCUCGUUUACUUGUUGCUAUUCUUAUUAUCUUAGUUAUGCUUCUGAAAGAGACUGAGUGUUAGAUUGACUUAAAUCAUAGAGCAAUGGAACAGUGGCUCCAUGUAUAGGAUUUUUUCUGUGGAAAAGACAAGUUUCUUUACCUUAGCUGGAUCUUGCUAGUGUUAUCAAAACAGUAGGUAGGCAGCGAACACAUGGCAAUUAUCUCCCGAGCACAUUCUUUUGUCAGUAUUAGUAGCAGUUGAAUCAAGGUAAUUUGUUCAGGUACACUAGAUGUGUAAAGUUAUGUUGCGCUGCAAAUUGACUGAAGAUUGAACUUCAAGCUUUCCAUAUCCUGAUUGAAACUUACAGUGCUGAAAAUUUUUGGACAAUCUUGCUUUUAUGUAGUAUUAUUGUUUCCAAUUUCUUAGCAAGUAAUUCAGCUUUUGUUGCACUGCAGGAAGCACAGUCUUGAUAUUUAGUUUCCUACAGCAGAAGUAACAUGUACUCUUUUUUCACUCGUGCAUUCUUUAAUAUUAUUUCCUAGUUGUCUUUUGUAGGUACAUCGAUUGCGGAAGAAAGCAGUGACAUAGACCUUACUUGAACGUUGUUGAUCGUUGUUAAACUUUCUAUCAUCAUGUUCAAAGAUAUUUUAGUUUAGAACAUUUUGUAUGCAAAUUCAUCUAUUUUGACAUUUGAAUUGUUGAUCAAACAAUGUAUGUCACACCUCGUUUUUGCGCUCACCCACCCCGGGGGAUAAAUGCGCAAGGGAGUUUUUCCAAUUUAAGUGACAAUAGUCGAAAUGGGAAUAUUUAAUUUAUUUCA